AUGACUUCGAUACUUCACUACCGAGACCCCAUUGCCUAUCGGAGUGACUUCAUGAAUUCCUCCCAUUACCAGUCGCCUCAGAUGGACCAAUCAAAAAAGUCCCCGCCUUAUGAAGGCAACUCUUCUGGCUCGGAGGCAAGGCAGCAUACUCCUGGCAUGAAGAAGCGACCAUCGAGAGCAGGCACACGGAGUGUCACGACCCUCACAGCUGCUCAACUGGAGCGAAAGAGGGCAAACGACCGCGAAGCACAACGAGCUAUCCGCCAGAGAACCAAAGAUCACAUUGACACGCUUGAGCGCCAAGUCCGUGACCUCACUACUCAGUUAGACAGCAACUCGUCGACCAAAAUGAUCGACCUCAUGCGGCGGAAUGAGGAGCUCGAGCAGGAAAAUGCGGUCCUCCGCGCACGACUGUCACACGCAGUGUCAGCUCUAGGAGUUCCCGAGCAGGGUACAGCAGGCGCUCCUUCGCCCAGUGAUCGCGUCCAAAUGCUCAGCCAGCCCCGCAGGGGGUCAGCAGGCACAGCUAGAAGUGUCCAUUCAGUCACGGAAAUAGCAACACCCGUUUCGCAACCUGGACAUUGGCAACCACAGCAUUCGUUCACUCAUCACGUUUCAUCACCACACGUUGACACGCCACCUUCCAUGGGUGAAGUCCAAGGCCGCUGGAGCCCUCACCCGAACCACCCUCAGCAUCACGCAGUCUCUAUGCCGGUGCAAGAUCCGUCAGUUCAUGCCGUUGAAUCUUCAGUCAUGUCGUAUCCAAGCCCGUAUGGCAUGGAGAGCAACGCGAGAGCCAUUUCCUACCCCGUAGAAAAUACGUCACUGGUCACAUCCCAGCCCAUGCCAAUGUCAGGCUACGACACGCCCAAUUCGCAUCACUCCACUCACACGUCCGAGUAUCAACGACACAUGAGCGUUCCUAUGCAUCACCAGUCUGCGCCCGGUCAAGGUCCACCUCAACACCAGCAGCAGCCCACUUCAGCGCCUUACUCUUCCUAUCCUCUUGCUCAGCAACAAGGUUACGCUCCUCAGGCCAGCCAUGCUGAGCAGAUGCCCAUGAUGCACGGACAACAUGCCCAGACGCAGAUGAUCAAUGAGCAAGGACAGCAUAUCAUAUAUCACAUGCAACCGAACAUGAAGGUGGAGCAUUAA